AACAAAGAAGAGUUUGUUGGGUUUUUCCAUUUUGUUGUAAUAAGAAGAUCAAAUAUUCCAUUGUUCACAAUUUCUCUCUUUCUCUCUCUCUUGCCCCAUCAAUAUAUAACAUACAUAAAAUAUCAUCAUUUUCUAUAUAAACUCCACCUCUCUAACUCACAGUUCUCUAUCAUUCCUCAGACUAUAUAGCUAUACCUAGUUAUUUGUUCCAAGUACAGCUCCAUUUUUGUGCCAACCCAGAACCACAAUUUCCCAAUCAGAAAAAAAGAAAGAAAACAAUAUAAGAUAUGGGAAGAGGGAGAGUAGAGCUGAAGAGAAUAGAAAACAAGAUCAACAGGCAAGUUACUUUCUCAAAGAGAAGAAAUGGUUUGCUCAAGAAAGCUUAUGAGCUCUCUGUGCUUUGUGAUGCUGAAGUUGCCCUUAUCGUCUUCUCUAGUCGAGGCAAGCUCUAUGAGUUUGGAAGCGCUGGUAUAGCUAAAACGCUUGAACGAUACCAGCGUUGUUCCUACAUUCCUCAUCAUGAUAAUAGUAUUGAAGCAGAGACACAGAGCUGGUACCACGAAGUUACAAAAUUAAAGACUAAAUAUGAGUCUCUCCAGCGUACUCAAAGGCAUUUGCUUGGUGAAGAUCUCGGACCACUUAAUGUGAAAGAGUUGCAAAAUCUUGAAAAACAACUCGAAGGAGCUCUUGCACAAGCUAGACAAAGGAAGAUGCAGAUUAUGGUUGAACAAAUGGAAGACCUGCGGAAAAAGGAGCGUCAACUUGGAGACCUUAACAAGCAGCUUAAGAUUAAGCUUGACGCAGAGGGACAAAACCUGAAAGCCAUUCAAAACAUGUGGAACUCUAACGUGGCGUCUGGAAGCACCAGCUUUGCUUUGCAUACUUCUUCUCAAAGCAACAUCACAAUGGACUGCCAGCACCCUUCGGAACCCAUCUUGCAAAUAGGAUAUCAUCAGUAUGUCCCAGCUGAAGGAACAUCCAAUAGUAUUAUACCAAAGACCUUGUCUGCUUCUGAGACUAACUUCAUGCAAGGAUGGGUUCUUUGAGCGCCACUACAUAUUUGGGCCUGAAAGAAAAAAACAAUACAACUUAAAUCUAGCACUUAACUAAAUGCACCUAUGGUUUUCGUAUUAUUAUUUAAUUACAAUUAUGAUAUUCUACGUACCGACUCAUUACUACUAAUUGCAAGGCAUGACUUUGUGAACCAUCACCGUUUUGGUUUUUAUUUGUGGUAUGUAAUUCCAACAAUAUAUAAAUAUAUAUAUCAUAUAUAUA